GGCUUGGGAUCGGGAUCGGGAUCGUUGUGCGCGUGCGCGCGCUUCUUUAGCGCUCUGGGCCGGGUCUGGGAUGAUGGAGGAAGCGGAGGCGACGAAGCAGUGAGCUGAGCCCCUGGAAAGAACCUGCAUGGAUUCGUUCUCUUGCGUCUCGGGGCGCCGGCGGCGGCGGCGGCGGCAGCGGCUGCUGGGGCUUCUGCUGCUGGCCUGUCUGGGGCCAGCACUGGGAGCUGCGCAGGCAGGUUUUCAGCAGACCUCGCAUCUGUCUUCCUAUGAAAUUAUAACACCCUGGAGAUUAGUUAGAGAAAGGAGAGAGGCCCCUAGGCCCCAUUCAGCACAGGACCAGGUGUCUUAUGUCAUUCAGGCUGAAGGAAGGAAACACGUUGUUCACCUGGAAAGAAAUAAGGGACUGUUGCCCAAAGAUUUUGUAGUUUAUACUUACAGUGAAGAGGGGUCUCUGCUCUUGGACCAUCCUGAUAUGGAGGAUCAUUGCCAUUAUCGGGGUUAUGUGGAAGGUGUCCCAAAUUCAUCUGUUGCACUUAGCAUUUGUUUUGGGCUCAGGGGAUUGCUGCAUUUGGAGAGUACCAGCUAUGGGAUUGAACCUCUAAAAUCUAGUUCUCGUUUUGAGCACCUCAUUUAUCGACUGGAUAAUGUUCAGCAAGAACCUCUGGCUUGUGGAGUAACUACUAAAAACUUGAAGAAAGAAACCACAGAAAAUGGAGAGAAAAAGGAAUUACAGAAACAAUCUCUUAGUAUGACCCAGCUGCUGAGGAGAAAAAGAGCCGUCCUUCCCCACACCAGAUAUGUGGAGCUGUUCAUAGUUGUAGACAAAGAAAAGUAUGACAUGAUGGGGAGUAAUCAGACUGCUGUGAGGGAAGAGAUGGUUCAUUUAGCAAACUACUUGGAUAGUAUGUACAUUAUGUUAAAUAUCCACAUCGUACUCGUUGGGCUAGAGAUUUGGACAAGCUCAAACCAAAUCAGUACGGCUGGAAGUGCUGGUGAUGUGUUGGGGAACUUCGUACAAUGGCGAGAGAAGUCACUGAUUCCACGUCGGAGACAUGACAGUGCACAGUUAGUUUUGAAGAAGGGCUUUGGAGGGACUGCAGGAAUGGCAUUUGUGGGAACAGUGUGUUCAAGAAGCCAUGCAGGAGGCAUUAAUGUGUUUGGACAAAUCAGCGUGGAGACCUUUGCAUCCAUCGUUGCUCAUGAGUUGGGACAUAACUUGGGAAUGAACCAUGAUGAUGGGAGAAACUGCAGUUGUGGAGCAAAGAGCUGCAUCAUGAAUUCAGGAGCAUCAGGUUCCAGAAACUUUAGUAGCUGCAGUGCAGAUGACUUUGAGAAUUUAACAUUAAAUAAAGGAGGAACCUGUCUACUUAAUAUUCCAAAACCUGAUGAAGCAUACAGUGCCCCUUACUGUGGUAAUAAAAUAAUAGAUCUUGGGGAAGAAUGUGACUGUGGGUCUCCAAAGGAAUGUGAAUUGGACCCUUGCUGUGAGUCAAGUACUUGUAAACUUAAAUCAGGUGCUGAAUGUGCAUAUGGUGACUGUUGUAAAAACUGUCGGUUCCUUCCAGGAGGUACUCUAUGCCGACAAAGUACCAAUGAGUGUGAUCUCCCAGAGUAUUGCAAUGGCUCAUCUCAGUUCUGUCAGCUAGAUGUUUAUAUUCAAAAUGGACACCCAUGCCACAACAAUAAAGCUUACUGUUACAAUGGCAUGUGUCAAUUUUAUGAUGCUCAGUGUCAAGUCAUCUUUGGCUCAAAAGCAAAAGCUGCUCCAAAGGAUUGUUUUAUUGAAGUCAACUCUAAAGGAGACAGAUUUGGCAACUGUGGUUACCAUGGCAAUGGAUACAGAAAAUGUUCCGCUGGGAAUGCUUUGUGUGGAAAGCUUCAGUGUGAAAAUGUGCUAGGUAUGCUGCCUGUAUUUGGGAUUGUCCCUGCCGUCAUUCAUACUUCAAUUAAGGGCACUACAUGUUCAGGUGUGGAUUUCCAGUUAGGAUCAGAUGUGCCUGAUCCAGGCAUGGUGAAUGAAGGCACAAAAUGUGAUGAUGGAAAGAUCUGUAGAAAUUUCCAAUGUGUAAGUGCCUCUGUUCUGAACUAUGACUGUGAUAUAGAGAAAAAAUGCAGUGGACGAGGGGUGUGUAAUAACAACAAGAACUGUCAUUGUAACAUGGGCUGGGCUCCCCCAAAUUGUGAGAAUACAGGGUACGGAGGAAGUGUGGACAGUGGACCUACUUACAAUGAUAAAGACACUUCACUUCGGGAUGGGCUUUUAGUGUUUUUCUUCCUAAUUAUUCCCCUUCUUGUAUUUGCUGCCUUUGUCUUCCUUAAGAGGGAUCAGCUUCGAAGAAGAUUCUUCAGAAAGAAAAGAUCCCAAACAUAUGAAUCAGAUGGAAAAAAUCAAACAAAUGUAACUAGACAACCAGUGAAUGCCACUCGAAAUGCCCCUCCAGUAAAUAGCCCCAGAGAUGCUGCUGUUUAUGCAAACAGGUUUCCAGUACCAACUUAUGCAGCCAAGCAGCCUCAGCAAUACCCAUCAAGGCCACCUCCACCCCAACCAAAAGUAUCAUCUCAGGGAAACUUUAUUCCUACUCGUCCUGCACCUGCAGCUCCUGUAAAGAGAUUCCUUUAGUUUUUCCUCCUUUGUAUAGAAGACAUCUUCAGAAAACUGAGUUGUUCAUAUUUUUUUUUUUUUUGGCAUUCUGGGAAGAAUUUCUU